ACAGCUUCCGCCUUUGGUCAAGCAGGACGGCUUGACCAAAGCGUACCUGGUGGAUAGCUUCGUCGACUACGUACGACUUUCGCUGGCAACCUACGUCCAAGCGGCUUUGUCGCUCACCUUUCAGUGCGCGUGCUAGUGAGUGUAUCAUUUUGUUGUGUACUAAAACUAUGUUUUGCUAAUGAACCUUUCCCAACGCAAACAAAGCAACCUGUUCGGCUACCUCAACUACUGGUGCGUAAUGUUUUGGCCCUGCCUACUGGGAGUUGCCGUCGGACCGAAACUUCCUCGACAGCAUCUACGACUGGAGGGCAUCACCUUCUUCAACAUGAUGAUUGAAACCAUGAUCAGAAAAAGCCGAUGGACAUUCGUGCGAUAUCUACGGUCCUCGAGGGUAUUCGGAACAUUGUGCUUCAUGGUGUUCAGCUCGGUGAUCAUGUCCAAACUCGACACCGGAAUUGUGAAACAGUUUUGGUUGAUCAAUCCAACGCUCCAACAAUCGGAUAAGAACACUUGUGUCCAUAAAAACUCCUGCACUGACUAUCUGAUCGACGGACUUCUAAAAUACGGCUCCGUCGGAUUCAUCUUGGAAACAACUCGGGCCAUCCUUGCCAAGUCCCCUCUACUCAUAUCCAACAGACCACGAUUCGUCAAAGAGUUCAGUGAAACUUGGGACCUAAAGCUGACGCUUUUUCUAGCAUCGUACGUGGGAAUCUACCGGAGCACCAGCUGUAUUCUGACGCACUUCCGGUUGAAUGGCUCUUCUGUGGGAACGGCUGUAGCUGGGUUUCUGGCCGGGUGGGCCUACGCGCUGUAUCCGAAGUAUCAGAUCUUCACGCUGGCGAUGACCAAAGCCGUUGAGAUGUCCUGGGAACACUGGAUCAAGACGACCCAAAACCUCCCACCGUGGGUGCAGCGAUUCUCCCGGCUUCCGUUCGUCUAUCUGGCACAAAUCGUCUCCUUCGGCUACCUAGGUCACAUCUACGCAUUCCACCCCCACCUAUCCCCAUCGUUCCACGUCAAAGCGAUGGACGUCUGCUCGAAGAACCUCACCCUGAACAUGCGCCGAACGUUGAUCGGGUGGUUUCUUGGACAUCGCGGCCGCGGCGAAUCUUCAUCUUGGUCGUCGUAG